AUGCGGGGCAACUACGAGACGCUGGUCUCCCUGGAUUAUGCCAUCUCCAAACCAGACAUCCUCACCCGGCUGGAGAAGGAAGAGGACCCCUGGCUCAAAGCUGUGUGGGGCCAGGAGGGGAGCAGGGAGCCAGCUGUGCACCCAGGGGUGCCAGGCCCCACUCGCUGUCCAGAGCAGGUCUCUGGCCCCACCAGCAUCUCCCACAAAGAGCCUGCAGAAGGGCCAGCCCCUGUGCAGCCGCGGGAUGAGCAAGCAGGGUUGACCCCCUCUGAGCCAGGUGCUGGCCCUCCAUCAAGCACCUGCAUUCGGUCCUCAGUUAAACAGCAGGGCAACUCUUCAGCGGGAGACCCAGCAGCUGUCCCCCGCACGGACAGUCUGACUGCUGUGAGGCCAGGGCCAGUGUCUCCCUCCUCUGCUUGCCCAUGUGGAAAGUCUGACCCAGGGUCCCUUGGAGUCCUGGCUUUACGACUUUCACUGCCGUCUUCUGGUGUCCCUGACUCUACUACUGCAGCCUCCUUUGCAGGUGGCAGUGCUGUGGCCAUUAAGACAGAAGCUCCGUCUGAGGAUGGGGCGGUACCAGUGCAGCUCUUCCUGGGGUCCCCGAGCCGGACCAAGGAUCGAAUCCCCAAGGGGCCCAGGAAACAGGCUGGAGGUCCCGUGCGGCCUCAAACCCAGGUGAUAACCCAGCCACCAGCAGCUGUGGGAGAGCCACCCCGGGUGCCGCCUCGCCGUCGGCAGGAGCGUGUCUUCCCUUGCCCAGACUGUGGACAGAGCUUCCGCCUGAAAAUCAACCUGACGAUCCACCAGCGGAGCCACGCAGAGGAGAGGGGAGGCCAUGCCACCCUGGAGCCAGGCGAGGUGGUGGUACCCGGUCCCGUCAUCCGCUGGAUCCCUGAGGAGCCCAGGGCCCACCGAGCCACGGCAGGCCAGGCCUCGGUAGGGCAGAGGCCAGCGGCUACCAAGGUCUACCAGUGCAGUGAGUGCCUGCGCUUCUUCCAGCAGCGUAGGAGCCUGCUGCUGCACCAGCGCCUGCACAUGGGUGACAGCCAGGGCUGGCCCACUUGCCCGUACUGCAGCAAGGCCUUCCGCCGCCCCUCAGACCUCUUCCGCCACCAGCGCAUCCACACAGGUGAGCGGCCCUAUCAGUGUCCCCAGUGUGGCCGGACCUUCAAUCGCAACCACCACAUGAUUUUGCACAUGCAGACUCAUGCCCGGGGAGAGAUGUCCCUGCAGGGGCUCAGCCGCAUGGAGGAGGGCUGACCCUGGGCCUAUCAGGCACACCACCAGCUCUCUGGGAAUCUGCGCUGUCGCCAGAUCCUUCCUGUGUGCCUCUUGCUGGUUCAUUUGGGACAGCUGUAAAGAGACUUGUUUUUCAUUCAGAUGUGAAGCAACAGCCCUCUUGGGGAUAGUGGAUGUGUGUGACAAGGUGCCUCCAUUUCGCAAAUUUGUCACUCUGCUGCCUUUUCCACAUUCCUGACUUCUAAAGCAUUUGAUUGGGUGUAAGGGAUGCUGGCUGUUGGAAGUACCUUUGGCCAGUGGUAGAGUCAGGAGGACCCCAGGUGGGACCCAUCUAGCUAGGGUGGAGUCAGAGAGACCUCCAGGGACAGGGAUUGACUGCACGGUCAGCUUGUGGCCAUGUGAAAACCAGCAGGAUGUACAGUACAGGUGGCCUGAAGGACGUUUAUAUCUUCUCCCCCACCCCUUCUUUUUUGAGACUGUGAACUUCAGGCUGGCCUUGAGCUCAGUU